CGCUCCUCCCGGUCAGUGGAAAAGAUGGCGGACGAGGAGGGGGACGGGAUCCAUUCUGGGCAGCGGAACGGGGGCGGAGGGCCGGGCAGUACCGGGGGCCCGAGGGUGGUUCGUAUCGUCAAGUCCGAGUCCGGUUACGGCUUCAAUGUCCGCGGGCAGGUCAGUGAGGGGGGGCAACUGCGCAGCAUCAACGGAGAACUCUACGCGCCCCUCCAGCACGUGAGCGCCGUGUUACCCGGGGGGGCCGCCGACUCCGCCCACAUCCGCAAGGGGGACCGGAUCCUCGAGGUGAAUGGGGUGAAUGUGGAAGGUGCCACUCACAAGCAAGUAGUGGAUCUGAUCCGGGCCGGAGAGAAGGAGCUCGUCCUCACGGUCCUGUCUGUGCCACCCCACGAGGCGGAGAACCUGGAUCCAAGUGAUGACUCCUCGGGGCAGUCGUUCUAUGAUUACACCGAGAAGCAGGCGGUGCCCAUUUCCAUCCCCACAUACAAACACGUGGAGCAGAAUGGAGAGAAGUUUGUGGUAUACAACGUGUACAUGGCCGGCAGGCAGCUCUGCUCCAAGCGAUACCGGGAGUUUGCCAUCCUCAACCAGAACCUGAAACGAGAGUUUGCCAACUUCACCUUUCCCCGGCUGCCAGGGAAGUGGCCGUUCUCUUUAUCGGAGCAGCAACUGGACGCUCGCAGGAGGGGCCUGGAAGAGUAUUUGGAAAAAGUGUGCUCCAUACGUAUCAUAGGGGAGAGUGACAUCAUGCAGGAGUUCCUGUCCGAGUCUGAUGAGAAUUACAAUGGGGUAUCUGACGUGGAGCUGCGCAUUGCCUUACCGGACAAAUCCACUGUAACCGUGAGAGUGAAGAAGAACAGUACCACGGACCAGGUGUACCAGGCCCUCGGUGCCAAGAUCGGGAUGGACGCAAUUACAGCCAAUUAUUUUGCACUCUUUGAGGUCAUUAAUCACUCCUUUGUCAGGAAGCUGGCCCCCAAUGAGUUCCCCCACAAGUUAUAUGUACAGAAUUACACCUCUGCGGUUCCCGGGACUUGUCUCACUGUCCGGAAAUGGCUGUUCACAACCUCAGAAGAGGCUUUGCUGAAGGACAAUGACUUGGCUGUCUCUUUCUUCUUCCACCAGGCAGUGGAUGAUGUGAAGCGAGGCUACAUCAAGGCAGAAGACAAAUCUUACCAGCUGCAGAAGUUGUGUGAGCAGCGCAAGAUGUUGAUGUAUCUGAAUAUGUUGAGGGGCUGUGAUGGCUAUAACGAGAUUAUCUUCCCGCACUGCUCCUGUGACUCCCGCAGGAAGGGACAUGUUGUCACCUCUAUCAGUAUCAAGCACUUCAAACUGCUGGCUUGCACCGAUGAGGGACAGCUAGAGAACCAGGUGAUUGCGUUUGAGUGGGAUGAGAUGCAGCGGUGGGACACAGACGAGGAGGGAAUGGCGUUCUGCUUUGAGUACGCCCGAGGAGAGAAGAAACCACGAUGGGUGAAGAUCUUCACUCCUUACUUCAACUACAUGCACGAAUGCUUCGAGAGGGUUUUCUGUGAGCUGAAGUGGAGAAAAGAGGUUGAAGAAGAGGCGACCGACAAGGACAAUAAGAAUUGCAGUAUUGACAGUACAUGCAGCAAGAACAUCUUUCAGAUUGUACGGCUGCAGCAGAAGGACACCAGCACCUAACACUCUCUAUCAGCGCGGCAAGACCUGAGCCCCACCCCUUUUCCUCACCGCAGGGCGGAGCUCCGUAACAGUGUAACACAACAUCGAAUCGGCUUGGCCAGGAAUGAAACGAAAUGGGAGUCAUGAGCUGUGUGGCCCCUGGCUCAGUCUGUUGUAAUGCAUUGUGGGGAGGUGGGAAGGGGCAACUGAAUUUACACACAAGCAUUUUACCUCCCGUCAGGAUCCAUUUCAGUGUCCUUUAAACAUCCGAGCAGUCCAAUGUCUGUCACUUGCUAUGUAAUGCUUCACAAUUUUUUCUUGCCCCUGUAGUCUAGUCCCAAACUUAUUGCCCCCCAUUAACACUACUACCACCCUCCCCUCCUUCCCUUGACCUUUUGGAUUCCAGAAUCCGUCGCUGUUCUCCUCGGGGGAGGGAGAUGAAAAGCCACCCCUCUGCUGGCCAAUCAGGAAUUAGGACUGUCGUACGUGCACAACUACUGUGUGAUACAUAUAUUUAUAUCCGUAUUGUACGCAUGCACCGGAUCACUUGGCUGCUUCGAGGAGUCCUUGGGGGAAGAUCCCAUUAACGAGCCAUAAAAAGGAGCAAUUAAGACUGCCUUGGGGGCCCACCCAUGUCAUUAUUAUCCCUCGUUAGGAGUCUCCAUGCUUUUCAUUGCUAAACAUCCUACUUCUACCCUGUACCCUUAAAUUGCCGCAUGGAACGGCUCUGCCCAAACUCCCCUGUAAAUAGCAAAUGUUCCUCCUUUCUACAUUUCAUUUCAGCUUCCCUCUCCCAGGGAAGAGCUUGCUGCAGUCUCUGUCCUUGUGGAAGGAUAUCAGUAUUUGAGACCUAUGGACGGUGGAUGGAGAAGGUUGCCCUUCUGAGUUUUGCCUUCAGGUACCUAAUGGGUUAAGCCAGGGCAGAAUUGCUUCCUUUUACAUCUUCCUCUUUGUGCAGGGAGUGUGUAAGAGGAAGGAUAUGUGCUCUUACGCUUGGAAGGGACAGCCCAGCACAUGACAUUCUUCUCUGCUCCUGUCCCAGGCACUUUGCCAUUUAAUGAUUUAUUGGCCCGGCAAGAUGACUGCUGGUUGUUUGUACCCUUAGUGGCCUGCAUGCGCAAACCCAGGAAUCCCUCUGCUAGCCGCCCUAUUGAACUAGCAGAACUCAGAUGUAGGAUGGGCAGGUAGGGCACCAUGGUGAAUUGAAUGUAGGAUUAUGUCUAUUCUUUUGCACACAAAUAUUAUGGAAUCUGUUUCACCAAACAGCAUCUAAUUAUAUAGAGGGUUAAGUUCAACCCAUGUGAUCCACAGGAGUGUGAACUGGUGGGAGGAGGAGGUGCCGUUAACCUGUUGUAAGGCUACAGCAUCUAAGGGACUCACAGGAAGGUCAGUCUGUCCCGUCUUGAGUCCUGAGCAAAUUCCCUUUUCUGCAGGGGACUGACCGCUCUCUACUGCUUGGCAGCAUGAUUCUACAGGGUCUGGUCUCGAUGUUCCUCGUCAAAAACUUCCAUUGGUGACAUCUGUAGAAAGCCACACCAGCAAUAAGUCACCCAGAUGGGACUUCUUCAAGUAAAUGAGACAGUCAUAUGUCUCUUGAGGAAGUGAAACUGUGUCCAGAAGAAGAGGCCUGCAAGGGCCCUAUAGACUGUUGCCCUGUGAAUAUUUCUAUAUUACUGCAUGGGUGCCAAGGAUCAGUAUUGCAGGCAAAUGGUAGUCACCCAAAUUGUUCUCCUGAAAUAGUUCUCUUUAAAGGACCUCUGUAGAGAAUGAUAGGCUUGUCUUGUUAGACAGAUAGAACUCUGGAAAGCACUAAAACAGGUGAGCAUAUAGGGUUCCUGUUGUGGGAGCAUUGAGUCAGCAGUAGAGGACUUCUGCAGAGGUUCAAAGACUGGUCAUUGGGAUAGGGCUCCUGCAGGAGAACCUUAAACUGUUACCUGGAGAGAGUGAUAGACUGGUCUUUAGGGUUCCUGUUGAAGAACUGCAUGGUUAACUUUUAGAGGACACAGACAGAGAAUCAUAGAUGUCAUCGAGAUAUGUCUCCUGCAGGAAAACUGUAGACCAUCAUCCUUUCGAGGACAUCUUCAGAGAAUCGUAGAUGCUCAUGGCAAAGGUCUUCUGCAAGACAACUGUCAUCCAGUGUGUUCUCCCUACAUGAGAAUGAUGGACCGAUCAGCAGAGGAACAGGCUGUCACCUGUGGACCCUGCAGGGAAUUAUGUGUUUACUGAAUUCUGUUUCCUGUAGAACGAUGCAGUCCCCCAGAAAUUACUUCUGCAAUGGGGACCCAUUCUCUGCCCCUAGGGUGAACAUUCUAGUCCUCAUCUUCUUUCACUGCAUUGUUUUGUCUUUUAAUUUAUUAUUCUUCUUCCUUCGAGAAGGAAACUAACCAUUUUUUUCCGGCAGUGUAUAUUUUUCCUGGUAUUCGAAGACGGCAAAAUGUUUAACGAGAAAAAUAUCCUGACUCACAUCAGUGUUUUUAAUUUGUCGUUCUAGAGCUAACCACUCUAAUGUCGUUUGGUAACAGUCACCAUAGUGUAAUUAAUUGUAACAUAUUCUUUUAAAUAAAUCAGUUUAUUGAUGAGA